AUGGACGAAGGAUUGGAGGAUUUGUACGCCUGGGUAGACACCGUGCCCCUCACUCGGCCCAAAAAAGCAUUCAAUCGCGACUUUGCAGACGGAGUUCUCGUGGCGGAAAUCGUGCACUUCUUCUGCCCUCGCCUGGUCCAACUGCAUAACUAUAGUCCCGCGAAUGGCUUGGCGGGGAAGCAAUACAAUUGGUAUACCCUGAACCAAAGAGUCUUCCGCAGCCUGGGUCUCUCCUUCACCAAGCAGCAGCUCUCGGAUGCUGCCUCUGCCAUUCCCGGGUCCGCAGAGUCCAUCUUGAAGGUGCUGAGAGCCAGGCUU